GUCCUGUAUUUUAUUUUUCGUUAUUUGCUCCUUUGUACGUGACGUUGCCGCGAGUCUUCGCUGGCACGGAGUACAGAGUGUGCUGUACGCGAGCAGCUGGGCUAACGGGCGGAUGAAGUAAACAAGUGUGUGUCACGUAGGCUUGCUCCGGAGCUGUCAGCGCUUUCUGCCGUGCAAAUGAGAGAGGCAGACUGCGGGGCAAGCCUAGGAAAUGUGUAAAAGACGACUGCUUUCAGAUGUGUUGCAGUAAAUAAUGGAUUUUUGUUACUUUUUAAGCGCUUUGGCAGCAGCUUCCUGCAGAGUCGCUGCAGCUGUUGCUUAGCUAGCUGCACGCAGCUGACAGCCAUGGGAAGGAGAGCAGAGACUUGUAAACACUGUUAUCACAGGGUCAUAGUAGUUAUGUGUCAAACAUCACGCCCCAGACUCAUCCCUAUUACUGCCUGGGCUGUGAUUCGGGAAUAUUUGAUACAUUUCUGGAGCUGGUCGUUGAUCUGGCACUGCUCAAACUUGAAAAAGUUGAUGGUUAGGAGAUAAUUAUGAGCAUACUGGUAAAAGGAGAACUUCUGGCUCUUCUUGCAUUCACUAUGACCUCCGGGUAGCUUUGUCCUCUCCCACGUGGCUUCAUAAGUUUGUAAUCCAUUAACCAAUUAUAAGAAAACUUCACUCUUGCUGUUACACCAGGGUCUCAGAGACGUGUGGAUCUUUAUUAGCAGUAACUCGAUGAUUUCCAAAAGCACCUCCUGUGAAGUCAUUUUAUUAACACGUGCUGUGCAGCAGGGGAUGGUGCACAAGGACUAAAAGAGAUUUCAAAGUCUAAACAGACGCUCAGGUUUUGUCACUCACUGCUUACUACUCUGUUUACUUCUGCUUGCUGUUCUUGUUCCUCCAUUACUCGUUUGCACUUGUGCAUAACAGCGGCACUUGGCCUAGUUCUAAUGCUAUGUCCCAUAUAAUACAACGUUUAUAUUUACUAUAGGAACAGGCUCUUAUGUAAUUCUAUUAGUCACGUAUCCCGAUGAGUCUGUUUAACGUUGCAUAAGACACCAUGCAGGCAGGUACACAGAUUUCCUGCCGUUCUUUUUCGCAGCUGUGGUCACGGAGGUUUAAAUGUGUGCAGGCUGAGCUGCUGUGGCAGGUGUACGAGGGAUGAGCAGAGCUCAGGCUGCACUGGUGAGGAGACGUGCUUCACUGGCUGUCCUUAUUAUGCAUAGACACAGAGUACACAGAGAGAGGUGGGGCUGGGCAGAAAAGCAGGAAAAUCAUACUGGAGUCAGUCUAUCUGUGUGCAGCUGAUCUGUUUAUACUGAGGGGGCUGUUUAGUGGCAGCUGAUGUGCAUAUUAAGCUGCCCUUGCUGUUUAACAAUAAUCACUGCUACUCAGGGUGGAGGGUUGGAAAGGCACUGAGUUGGCUUAGUCAUGAGCACCAAUAUGUGGUUAUAACUGCAGAUUGGCUAGGAAUAUGUUCCAGCAUGUGCAGCAGAGUCUUAACAGAUUAUAUCAUUAUGUUUAGCCACAAUAGCUGUAACUCCUGCAGGAUAUUUAUCUCCGGGGCUCAGAGGCUGCCUCAGACGCUGCAAUAAGACCGCCUUCUUUCACCAUCCUUCUCUCUGUAAUAAAAUACCAUAAAAAAAUCUUUAUAUUUGGACAUUUUCAUAUCCUCCAGAUUGUGGCUCUAAAUCCCUCUAGUCCCUUCUUAAAGGCUUGGUCUCACUCUCCCUGCACUUCCCUCUCCCUCCUGCCCUCCCUCUCUCCGUCUGCUCUAUAUCUAGGUGAAAGUUCACCCGCUCACACAGACUUGCAGCGAAGGCUUGAUGCAGGCUGAGGCUGUGUCAUGUUUAUGCACUGAGUGUGCAGCUCCACGGUGCUCUAAUCUAGCUGCUGUUUUUGCAUGUGGGAGAAUUCAACCUCAAGGUCGUUGGAGGUGUUUUUGAUGUGCCUUACUUGGUCUUUGUUAAUCACCCCCGGAUGAAACGGCUCCUCUGUUGUUCUCCACACUAUUUAAUUAAGUAUGAACCGACAAAAUGAUUCUGGGUCACACCAUUCAUACAGAUUAGUUACAAAGAUAUUACUCUUUUAAUCUGUGUUAAUUGACAAAAGCAGCACAUUGGCAGCAUAUUUGAAAAGCAGAAACAGUAAAAAGGCUCUAUUUUUAGCUUCUCUGCUGUGAAGAUUUGCUGAUUUUUGCUGGCUUAAAGGUGAUUGAAAAGGAAUUUCAAUCACCUUGAACACAGGAAAUCGUGAGCAACAUUUCGUGUGAUUUUUCAGUCCUUUAUCGGAGUCAAAAUGGAAUCAAAUGCUUAAUAAAGCAGACAAGACCACAGACUUUUAAUAGCUUGACAGCUUCAGGCAUUAUCACUCAGCAGUGUAGACAAAUCCUUUCAGAUAAGUCCGAAAAUCAAACUCUGUCUUUUUAGGAUUAUCUUGUUGCCAAUUUCCUACAGUCUAAAAUGAGCCAGAAAAACAAGGGCAAACACUGAGUAAAAGUACCCGAACAGGAAUUUGAUAAUGGUCAUUGAGAAUUUCCAGCUUACCUCUUAAACAGUGAAACCAUUGGGACAGCCUGGGAUCAAUUUCAUCUACAAUGUCAUGUUCUCUAAUGAAUGCGUGUUUUUUACAUGGUCAGCAGGAAGCGAGGUCCUGAUGUGUAGAGGUAAAAUAUCCGGGCCUACAAUGAUAUUCGGUUAUGGAGUGAACAUAAUUUUUCUUCUGUAUGAUGCUUGAUGCACAACACACAUCCAGCGACAUAAGGUAACUCCUCAGUGGUCGUCAACAUUUCAAGGUGCUAAAUAUGAGUGUUUUGUAUUUUUAAAAUGUCUGGUACUCCCAAUCAGCUUUUCCUUAUUGUCAUGGUGGUACUUGAUAACCUUGAGCUACCCCUCCAGUGCGUCUGCCUGCAGACCGACUCAGACUCCACCGUGUUGGACUGCAGAUAUCUAUAACAGUCCUUGUUGUGCUGGUGCAGGAGGGGAAACUCUAACCAGAACCUGCAAGCUCACCACGAGCUACAGAGCAGAACAACGACUACCCAGCAAGUCCAAAGAUGGUAGUGUUGGAGUCUAUCUGAGGGAGGAAAGAAAUUAGGGAAUGCCUCAGCUGCAGGGAUUGAAAAUGGGCCAGGUCAUCUUUAUUCCAUCACUCUUAAUUUGGAUCAUAUUCGGUUUGCAGGACGGUUUCAUGUGUAUUUAACAGAUUUCAAAGCCAUCUCAAACAAGCUGCUUCGAGCAAGAAGACAGAAAGAAAGUGUUCUCAAACCAAAGCAAUCCACGUGAAAUAUGGGUUAUAAAGGCUGCUGUUUGGCACUGGUUGUGUAAAUUCGGGGUGAACUUUGGCCCACAUUAGAUUGGAAUCUGUUACAUAUUCCUCUAAACGAUGCUGCGGGUCAAAGCCUAUAUUUAGGGAAAGUAGGAUCAUAGUGGCCCAGAAACAGGACUGCCAUCUGCUCUCGUCUGCAGCCCACAUGAACAGAGUUUCAAAUCCAGAUACUUUUCACUUAGAGAUCUUCUGAGAUGUUUUUUGUGGAAGAAAUUAUAAAAGCAGAGGAGUAGACUUAGAACUUGUACAUAUACCAAAUAUUCAUACAUACAUACAAAGAGUUUGUUAAGGAUUAUAUUGAAAAGGUCAAAUGUCUCGGGUCAUUGCGGGUCAUUAGAUGCUGUAUUUUAGCAGGAUGAAUUUAAGGACUAAUUUAUAUAGUCGUUACUGGACAUUAUGUAUUUGUUAUUCAUUUAUAAUUUACAUUUAUCAGAUAUGCCACUUGUGUUGUUUGUGCCAUUCAACAGAUUAAACUGACACAAACUUUCCAAGAAUAACUUUUACUGUCCCUAAAAGCCUCCCUAGGCUGUAGCAUGCAUGCUUGAGUGCUUUUAUUUGCUUAGAAAGCCAAAUGUUUGAGCAUGUCUGUUGAUUUCCUGAAGCCCUGAAGUGAAAGGCUGAUGGGAUUAGUGCUGCUGACAUGCUGACUGCUCUCAGACACUCCUGCCUGCUGACCUUUUGCCUAAUGACCUCUGGUGACACUAUAAACGUCUCCUUACAGAUUUGUCCUCAUUGUAGGGCCUGCUUUGGUGAAGCACAGCGCCCUCUGGUGUCAGAACCUUGGUAUUAUGUUUGGGCUUGUCAGCAUUGAGGAUAAACGAUGAUUACAGGAUGUUAUUGAACUGACAUGACUCACUUAUUACUUAAAAGUGCAAUUUGAGUCUUCUGUUCAUCUAAAUUUGUCACUGAGUUUAAUCUGGGGCUGCAGGAUUGAUCUUUUCCUGUCUCUGCAGGUUUGUGCUGCCGUCUGCAUUUUCUCACAGGUUCCCAUUUAUUGUUUGAGACAUAAAAACUGUCAAGCAAGCACAUUGUGGCUUCUGACUUUGACUUUUACCCAACUUAUUUUCAGUUUAUUUAUGAUGCAUGGUAGACUUUACUACAAGUGGGAGCAAAUAACUGAUUCACACCUACCUAACAGAAAAUUAAUCUGCUUUUUUUUGAGAAACAGAGAGAAAUGUGACGAUGUGUUGGUCCAUGUCCAUGUAAGUUAUCCUCCUCAGACCCGAGCUCUUGGUUUAGAUGCAUUUUAGAUGUGAUGACUUCGAUCUGAUGAGAAUAUAAACUUAUCCUAUUCGAACAGGAAUUUGUUACAUUGUUACAUAAUUGCUGUAGCUUUUUUAAGUAUUUGUGUUUUUAAGACAACACACUUAUUUUUCAGUAUAACACAAUAAUGUCUGUCUCUGUGUUAGCACUGAGCUGAAGUGGACAUACGAGUAUUGGACUGUUGCUGUAUAUGUUACCCCGGGCCAUCUACUUAGUGCCUUUUGUGGUAUUUCUUACUGUAGCUAUGGUAAUGUUACACAGCUCAGCUGUGAAUCCUACCUCAGUGACUGUUUCACCACUUAAUUGAUGGCUUUAAAUUGUCUGGCAAAACUGACGUGCUUGUGUUCGACUCUGUUUUACUGAGGUCGGUCAACGCAUUGGCCAGAAACAUCAAAUCCUCAGCUAAUCUUGGAAUUAUUUUCCUGUCUUCAAGCUCAUUCUUGUCAAGCUCAGUCUUUACUGUCACUCAGUAAAAAGCCAGGCUCCUGCCUAAAUACGUAAAGCUGCUAAGGCCUUAUUCCAACCGUCGGCCUCUCUUGUUUAACUCUUUCACGCUCUUAUUUUAAUUCCAGAGGCGACUACACUUUCGAAGUUGUGGGGCUUAAACUUUAAAAAAAAGCCUUCCUCUUUAUAUCAGUUUGGCUCAAUCAAUGUUUUGUUUAAAACGACUGCUGAGAACUCUUUUUUCACAGGUUACCAUUUCCUUAAUUCCCUGGCCUGUUACGUUUGGCUAAGUAAUCCCUUAUGCUUGAAUCGUGUUUAUGUACUAUAUGUUGGGGUGGUAAAUACAUGUUUUUUGACAGACUGUAAAGCUAUUUGUAAAUGUGUGUUUAAAAAGUAAUAGUUAUUGUUAUUCUCCCCGCUUUUUAUUUUAUUUUUUAUCGUUUUUAUUCAGAAACCCCUAGGCUUUUCUUAUAUCAUUUUAUAUAACAGUAAAAAUAAACUACUAUAAUUUGUCAAACACUAUACUUAAUACUAUACUAUACACUAUAUUCGUGUUUAUUAACCAGUUUCAUUUUUUGUUUAAAAAAUAUUUACAUCUAUCAGACGGGAGUUUCUGCUGUAUCUUACUUUGCUGGCAACUUUUGCCACAUGAAGCAUGUGUGAUCAGUGAGGCCCGUGACUGGGUCGUGUAAAGCUGAGGCUUCCAUGGUUUUCACGAUGAUGUUGAGCUGAGCUCCCAGUAGUCCGCAUGCCCUUCUUUCCUGCCCAUGCGCCUCUGCUAUUGGCUGCUGGGCCUCUCGUUCCAUUUCUGAUUGGCUCAAUUUCUUGCUGCAUUCACUGCCCAUGUGUGCUUCAUGUGAACGCCUAAAACUUGUUUUUCACUUAGCGUCUUGGAAUCGUACGUACGUAGUUCACGAGUUAUUACGGUAACUUGUAAACAGUCGCGUUUUCGUGGAUUUUUAUUUUUAUUUAUUCAUUUAUUUAUUUUACAGAUGUUGGAUGCUUGUGAUAUUUUAAACACAAGACUUUAAAACAUAAAAUGGUCAACAAAAGCAUUGAACUUUAUAUGACCCUGGAGUGAAUUGAGUAUUUGCUUGAUUGAGUAUUAUUUCGGUAAACAUUAUAAUGUCUUUGGAGUAUUUUGUCUGUUAUUAACACAAUUGCAUUUGAAUUCUUCAAACUCAGUUGGGGCUCUUAAUCAGACUUCCAUACGUAAAAUCAUGGUGGGAGUUUUUAUGUAAGCACCUUGGAUAAUACUGUCACGUGAAAUAUGUAAAUACAUUAAUUCACGCUGACAUGGGGGAAAAGACGACUGAAGUAUCGUUACAACCUGUACCGGGACAUUUUGUUUUCUUCCCUCCCUCGCUUUCCGUUGCGCUCAGUAUCCAGUCCUUACGGUAAUGGGGAAACUGCUGUUUCUCAGCUGAUAUAUAACAUCUACCCCCCUGCAGAAUUUCAGUGCCAGGCUGAAGCCCACCGCCUCAGUUUGUUUUCAGGAGGGUAAAGCAAAUGACCCAACAACCAGGAUGAUAGACAAUCAAGAGUUUAUGGUGGAGGGUUACCCGCGGGAGCUCACCCAGAACCCGCUCAGGAAGAUCUGGAUGCCGUGCAAAAACGGCCACAUCGCUCAUAGACGCGUGUGCAUGACAAACUGCCCGACCCUCAUUGUGACAGUUGGACUUCCAGCCCGAGGGAAAACCUACAUUUCAAAGAAGCUCACACGCUACUUAAACUGGAUAGGCGUGCCAACGAAAGAGUUCAAUGUUGGCCAGUACCGGAGGGAGUGCCUGAAAAUCUACAAAUCCUUUGAGUUUUUCCGUCCAGACAAUGAAGAAGGCCUAAAAAUCAGACGUCAGUGCGCUUUGUCAGCUCUUAAUGAUGUACGGCAGUACCUGAGCGUCGAAGGAGGACAGGUUGCGGUCUUUGAUGCCACUAAUACAACAAGAGACAGAAGAAGGACCAUCAUCAUGUUUGCUGAGCAGAAUGGAUACAGGGUAUUUUUCGUGGAGUCUGUGUGUGAAGACCCAGAGGUCAUUGCCCAAAAUAUAGUGCAAGUUAAGCUGGGAAACCCAGACUACAUUGACUGCAACUCAGAUGAGGCCAUCAAGGACUUCAUGAAGAGAAUAAAGUGUUAUGAGUCAUCCUACCAGCCUCUGGAUGAGGUUCUCGACAGGGAUCUGUCCUACAUAAAGAUAAUGGACGUGGGCCGUCGUUACCUGGUGAACCGUGUCGUUGACCACGUCCAAAGCCGAAUUGUCUACUACUUGAUGAACAUCCACAUCACACCGCGCUCCAUCUACCUCUGUCGCCACGGUGAGAGCGACCUCAACAUCAAAGGACGCAUCGGAGGAGACUCGGGCUUGUCUGACAGAGGAAAAGAGUUUGCCAAACGUCUGAGGAAUUUCCUCCAGGAGCAAAACAUCAAAAAUCUUAAAGUGUGGACGAGCCAGAUGAAGAGGACAAUCCAGACCGCGGAGAUCCUUGGAGUGUCGUACGAACAGUGGAAAUCUCUCAAUGAAAUCGACGCUGGCGUGUGUGAGGAGAUGAUGUACGAGGAAAUCCAAGAGCGUUACCCUCUGGAGUUUGCCCUGAGAGACCAAGACAAAUACCGGUACCGCUAUCCGAAAGGAGAGUCAUAUGAAGACCUGGUUCAGCGGCUGGAGCCUGUGAUCAUGGAGUUGGAGAGACAGGAGAACGUUUUGGUGAUUUGUCACCAGGCUGUCUUGCGCUGUCUUCUUGCAUAUUUCCUGGACAAGACUGCAGAUGAGUUGCCUUAUCUUAAGUGCCCUUUGCACACAGUACUGAAGUUGACACCAGUGGCUUACGGAUGUGAAGUGGAGUCUUUCUGUUUAAGCGUGGAUGCUGUAAACACACAAAGAGACAGACCAGAGAAUGUGAAUGUGCAGCGCAGCACUGAAGACGCUCUGCAGACAGUCCCUGCUCACUUCUAACCUCCUCCACUUCCUGUUCCAGCCGAGACCUAAUCUGACUGUUUUUUUUUAGGAUUUCUGAACAGCCUUCACGGUGCUGCUCAGCUGCUGAAUGAGGCAGCUUUUUGCCUGUCUCAGAGACAUCUUUUUACACUCUCACUGUAAAGCACUUUCUUUAAAUGUCCUCCAUUUUAUACAUUUAUUUUAAUCGCAAAGAGCUUGACUCUCUUUGGGGGAGGGCAACAAAAGGCAGAUGUGAUUUUUGUUUUAUAUGUGAACCUUGUUAAAGGUGCAAAAAUAUUAACUUUAAUCAUUGUCUUCCAUGAUUAUAUUAAUAUUUACUGUAUAGUGGGCAUUGUGUAUACUGCCAUAUGGGCCUGUUGUUCGUUUCUGAAGGUGUUUUUAUAUGAAGAAAGAGAAGGAAAAAAAACACCAGAAAAAGAUCGAGGACACUAAUCACAAAUUGCUUUUUAAGUGUUUUCCUUUUCUUGGCUGUUAACGUUUCCUUUUUUUUUCUUUUUUUCUUUUUAA